UGAAAAAAUACAGCUUGGUUAGUGGAGGAUAUACCGAAAAUUUUGUGCUAGAAAUAUAAAGUUAACGAUUUUGCGUAAAACAUAUUAAAUUAUUUACAAAAAUGAGCGUUGAAGAAGAAGUAUUCAAAAUACAGAAGAAAAUGCAGAAGAUUACAUCGAAUGAUGGCACGGGGCAAGAGCAAGCGUUGGAUUUGCUGAAAGCAUUGCAAACACUCAAUAUCAAUUUGGAGAUUUUAACCAAAACGCGCAUUGGUAUGACUGUAAAUGAGCUGCGCAAGAGUAGCAAAGAUGAGGAAGUGAUUGCAUUGGCUAAAACAUUAAUCAAAAAUUGGAAAAGAUUUCUUGCCGCGCCGGGUGGUUCAAGUGGCAGUAGCACCAAAGAGUCGUCUGCUAGCAAUAACGUGUCUAAAUCGUCAUCAAGUAGCAAAACGAAUUCUUCAUCAUCUAGUAAGGAUAAAGAAAAGAGUUCGUCAAGUUCAUCUAAAGAUAAAAAGCGUGACGAUGAGAAAAAGUCCAAUUCGAGUUCAUCAUCAUCGGCAAAAGACGAACGUCGACCACUGCAAUCAUCGUUUCCCAGCACUGGCGGUUUAACCGAUGCUGUACGCCUAAAGUGCCGUGAAAUGCUCUGUAAUGCGCUUAAGGUUGGUGAAGUGCCGGAAGGUUGUCCAGAACCGGAAGAUAUGGCUACCGAAUUGGAGGAGGCAAUUUAUAUGGAAUUUAAAAAUACUGACAUGAAAUACAAAAAUCGUGUACGUUCGCGCGUAGCAAAUUUGAAAGAUGCAAAGAAUCCCACCUUACGUAGUAAUUAUAUGUGCGGUGCCGUUACGGCACAACAAUUAGCGCGUAUGACGCCCGAAGAAAUGGCUAGUGAUGAAAUGAAGAAAUUACGCGAGAAAUUCGUUAAAGAAGCUAUUAAUGACGCUCAGUUGGCUACAGUACAGGGCACAAAGACCGAUCUACUUAAAUGCGGUAAAUGUAAGAAACGUAACUGCACAUAUAAUCAAUUACAGACACGUUCCUCCGAUGAACCUAUGACAACAUUUGUCAUGUGCAACGAGUGUGGUAAUCGUUGGAAGUUCUGCUGAAGGCAGCACUCAGUUUUUACUAAAAGGCAGAGUCAUUUUGUUCUUAAAAAGAUUUACUUAUUAAUA